CAAGCUCUUUAAAUCUUUAGAAACUAGCAUAUCAAGAUAGAAGAUAGCGUUCUCAAUUUCAAAUAUGGCUUCUUCUUCUUCUUCUUCUCCUUCUUCUUCUUCUUCUCCUCCUUCUUCUUCUCCUUCUUCUCCUUCUUCUCCUUCUUCUCCAUCUUCUUCUUCUUCUCCUUCUCCUUCUCCUUCUUCUUCUCCUUCUUCUUCUUCUUCUUCUUCUUCUUCUUCUUCAUCUUCAUCUACUACUGCCUGGGUGUAUGAUGUUUUCUUGAGUUUUAGAGGAGAGACACGAAAAUCUUUUACUGAUCAUCUUUAUGAAGAUUUGCGUCAGGUUGGAAUUAACACCUUUCGAGAUGAUGAAGAAAUCCGUAAAGGUGAGAACAUCUCUGAUGAGAUAUUGAAGGCCAUCGAGGGGUCCAAGAUAUCCAUCAUCGUAUUUUCCAAAACAUAUGCCCAAUCCAGAUGGUGUCUUGAUGAACUGGUGAAGAUUCUAGACUGUAAGAAAAAUUUGCAACAGAUGGUUCUGCCUAUAUUCUAUAACGUUGAUCCUUCAGAGGUUCGUAAACAAACAGGUGAAUUUGGUAAGGCAUUGACUCAACAUCGACAACGAUUUGAUGAUCAAAAAGUUGAUGAGUGGAAAGUUGCACUCACUACUAUUGCUGAUUUGUCCGGGUGGGAUUUGCAAACCAUGACAAACGGGUAUGAAUCUAAGUUCAUCAAAAAAAUUACUGAAGAGGUACUGCGGGAAGUGAAUCGUACAUACAUUAAUGUUGCAAAGUAUCCCGUUGGAAUUGAAUCUCGUUUGAGUGAUAUACUUCAUUUAUUGCAAACUCAAAAACAUAGUGAUAUCAAGAUGUUUGGAAUUUUUGGCAUGGGUGGUGUGGGAAAAACAACCUUUGCCAAAGCCAUUUACAACUUGAGUUUUCAAAAGUUUGAAAGUUGUUGCUUUAUCGCAAACAUUAGAUCACAAGCUUCGGAUGGGUACAAUGGUUUAGUUCGUCUACAAGAGAAACUUCUUUGCAAAACACUGAACGGAAACAAAUUUGAAAUAGAUAAUGUUGAUGAAGGAAUAAGUUUGAUUAAAGAAAGACUGCGAUCAAAAAGUGUUCUUAUUGUUCUUGAUGACAUAGAUGACACUCGUCAACUAGAAUUAUUAGCAGGACAACGGAAUUGGUUUGGUUCAGGGAGCACAAUUAUAAUAACAACUAGAGAUGUUCAGUUGUUGAGUGACCUAGAAGCACAUGAGAAGUACAUGGUAGAAACGUUAAGCCAUGAUGAAUCCUUGCAACUCUUGAGUUGGCAUGCUUUUGGUGUUCCUAUACCAUUAGAGGAGUAUAUUGAACUAUCCAAAACGAUAGCAAGUUAUACUGGUGGACUUCCACUAGCACUUACAAUUAUAGGUUCUCAUUUGCGUGGCAAAUCAAUGCAAGAAUGGAGUGAUGAUGCUGAGAAAUUAGAAGGGAUACCUCAUGCUGAUGUUCAAAAAAUUCUUAAAAUAAGUUAUGAUUCACUUGAUGAUGAUUCUCAGAAUAUCUUUCUUGAUAUUGCUUGUUUUUUUAUUGGGCAUAACAAAAAUGACACUUUUAUGAUAUUGGAAGCUUGUGGUUUUUAUGCUAAAUGUGGAAUAAGAAUUUUGAUUGAAAGAUGCUUGUUGACAACAUAUGGAGGUGGAGAGUUUGAAACGCUUCAGAUGCAUGAUUUAGUACGAGAUUUGGGAAGAGAAAUUGUUAGAAAAGAAUCUUCACGUGAGCCGGGCAAACAAAGUAGAAUGAUUGACCCAAAGGAUGUCUUUGAUGUUCUUCAUGGGAACAAGGGCACAAAAGCAAUUGAAGGAUUGAUUGUAAAUUCUAACAUGUUAAAGAAUGUGCCUUUGAAUACUCAAAUAUUCAAAAAGAUGGUAAAGUUACGAAUACUCAUAUUGAAUGGUAUGUGUCUUAGCGGAUCUUUUAAAUAUUUAUCCAAUGAGCUCAGGUUGCUUAGAUUACACAAUUGCCAUUUGAGUUGCAUACCAUCUAAUUUUCGUUGUGAGAAACUUGUUGAGUUAGACAUGGAAGGUAGCAAUAUCAAAGAAUUCCAAUGCAAUAUGCAGCAUUUUAGAUGCUUGAAGAUUUUAAAGUUUGAUUAUUGUAAACAACUUAAGAAAACACCAAACUUCAUCGGGGCACAUACUCUUCAAAAAGUAUCCUUUCAUUAUUGUUCGAAGUUGGUCAAGAUACACCCAUCAAUUGGAAGUUUGGAGAGACUUGUUGAGUUAGACAUGGGAGGUUGUAAUAUCAAAGAAUUCCAAUGCAGUAUGCAGCAUUUUAGAUGCUUGAGGAUCUUAAAGUUUGAUAAUUGUAAACAACUUAAGAAAACACCAAACUUCACUGGGGCACAUACUCUUCAAGAAGUAUGUUUUUAUUGGUGUUUAAAUUUGGUCAAGGUACACCCAUCAAUUGGAAGUUUGAAGAGACUUGUUGAGUUAGAUUUUGAAGGGUGUAUGAAACUCAAGGUUCUUCCAAGUAGCAUUUGCAAGUUAAAAUCACUUGAAGUUUUACAUUUGAAUUUUUGCCUGAAACUUAGGGAGCUUCCAAUUGACUUGGGAAAAUUAGAGCAACUAAGAAAGUUACGUGCUCGUGGAACUGACAUCUCACAUAUACCAUUUUCUUUGGGAUGUUUGAGAAAUCUAAAGGAACUGGAUCUAUAUCAGUACACUAAGAAAUCACGUGAUGGUGUUGCUUUUUUUCCACCUUCAGUUGCAAAUCCGUGCUCCUUUGAAGUUAUUGAGAAUUUGACUUCAUUGGUAUCUUUAAAUUUAUCAGGAAGAAGUUGUUAUCUUCAAAGCUUACCAUUCCGCCUUUGUCAUCUUUCAAACUUGAAAGCUCUCUACUUGGAGAAUUUCCAAAAUCUUAGAGUACUUGUAGAACUUCCUCCUAGUUUGGUGAAGCUCUCUGCAAAAAAUUGUGUCUCAUUGGAAAAAAUAGUAAUUGUAUCAAACUUGAAGAAACUUGAAAUGUUGGAUCUUGAAAACUGUGAAAGUUUGGUUGAGCUUCCAAAGAUGGAGAGUCUUUCAUCCUUAAAAGAGCUUGACAUAAGGAAUUGCAAUGCUUUGAGUAUUCCCGACAACUAUUUGCAUGAAGAAGAUUUUCCAAUUGCUCUUAGGAGUUUGUCCUCCUCGUUGAAUGAAAUAGAUUUAAUGGGAAGUUAUUAUCUUCAAAGUUUACUAUUAAGCCUUUGCCAUCAAUAUUCCAAUUUGGAGAGACUCUUCUUGGACGAUCUGCAGAAUCUUAGAUCACUUCCACAACUUCCUCCUAAUUUGUCGCUACUCUCUGCAAAGAAUUGUGUCUCAUUAGAAAAGAUAGCAGAUCUAUCCAACUUGAAAAGACUUGAAUAUCUAGAUAUUCAGAACUGCAAAAGUUUGGUUGAACUUUUAGGCUUGGAGAGUGUUGGAUCCUUACGUAGUCUUGGGAUAGCAAAUUGCAGCGGUUUGAGGAUUCCUUCGAUUGAAAAGUGGUUCAAGGUACAUCCCAAAUAUUAUAUUUAUGUGGAAGUAGUUGGCUGGGGUAGAAUAUUCUGCGGUUUUGGAGUCCUUCAAAUCCUGCACAAUGUGAUUGAUCCCAGUGAAAUUGAUUAUGCGGAUGAUGGUGGUAAUAGAAUUGAUUUGAGUGUGAGAAGCAAAAGCAGUGGUGCUAAUUGGAUUCUAAUGGAACCCAAACGUAAGCAAAAGCAGUGGUGCUUGUUUCGCGUUCCAAUGACAAUGAUGGGAGAAGAAUUGGAGGUGCAUGUAGAAGUCCAUGAUUGGCAGAAGAUAUUUUGUGUAGGUGAAAUAUAUAGAAACAGAGAAGGGGAAGUGCGUUUCUUUCCAUCCACAAGGGGAUGCAUUCCUUCCUAUAAUAAGGAAGAUGGAGAGAGGAAGAGGAAAAGGAAGAUGCAGAUAGGUAGAGGCAGGCAAAGGCGUUUCCUUCCAAUCACAAGGGGAUUGAUUCCUUCUGUUAUGAGCCUGGGAGAUGAUAAUGCACAAAGGAAGAGGAAAAGGAAGGCGCAGAUAGGCAAAGGCGGCAGAUCUAUCAGGCAGAGGCGGUUAUAAUCUUCACCUUUUAAUUUGCUGCAAAAAGAAUUAUUAUUAUUGUAACAUAUUGUACAAUUUAAUUUGAUCAAAGCAAUUAAGAGUGAUUUUUAUACCAUUUGGAUGGAGAUGGAAUCAAAUGGAGGAUGAAAAUAAAAGGAAGAUCAAGAAUUGAACCGACAGGAUAAUCUUUUGACAGUAAUUGGAGAUCAUAACAGUCCACAUUUUGAGUUUCUGCAAUUACUCUUCAACAAGUGAGCAUUUCAUAUAUUUAAUUUCCAGCAUGUUCACUCUAUGCCCAAGUGUCUCCCACUUGACAGAUUUGUGCAUUUUGAGCAUUCUUGUGUUCAACACCCGUUGGAUAUAUAGAUUAAUGAGUCAAUUGGAUGGUGGAAACAAAAGGGAUCAGAGAUCAAGAAUUGUACCAAAAAGCCUCAAGUUAGAAUUGUACGUACAGGAUGCAAAGAGUCACAUAUAAGAAUUGAAGUACAUGAGCCAUCCAGUGUGCUGAAAGUGAAGGAACAAAGCAAGGUGGACCCAUAUGUAUAGAGUAAAAGAAUUGAUUUUGAGGUCUGAAGAAUGAUUGGAGGUGUACGUAUAGUAUGCACAACAAGUGUAUAAGAGCAGGAUGGUUGGAGUAGGAGAAGACACAAUAAGCAAGUUGCAUUUCUGAGUUAAGUUUUUCCUUUAAGUAUUUUUAUUGGGUUAUGAUGUGUAGCUAGUAUGUAUAGCUUAAUUAAUGUUAUGAAAUUGGAGGGUACAAAAUGAUUUAAUUUAGCAAUGUUGCGAAUACAGGAAGAAUUAACAAUAAUUAAGAAGAAUAAGAAGAUGGUGAGAGUUGAUGCAAAUUGCAGUGGUUUGAGGCUAAGUGAGUUUAAAAGAAUUCACUUUGAGGUCCCAAGAGAAGUAUUUGACAUACCGAGAAACAAAGAUGGGGAAGUGGGUUUCAGGGAUGCAUGCAUGUUAUGAGUGAAGGUGACACUGCAUGUCAAGAUUUUGCUUUAAGCAAUGGAUCGGAGUUGAUUGGUAUCGCUACCAGAAAGCAAAGCCAGUGGUGCCUCAGCAAGCAUGUUGUGAAGGUGACAGUGUCAAGAUUUCGCCUGAUGAAGUGAUACAUUUGUCAGUUGCAUUGUGCCAACGCUUUCGAGGCAUGGAUUCAUUUAUAUGAUUUCGGUGGGCUUUUGUUUUGGUGACUGCAAUGGAGUUCGUAUCGCUACGAGAAGCAAAACUAGUGGUGACUCAGCUUGGGUGGGAGAUGAAUGCUGUGUGGAGAAGAAGAAGAAGUAUGGAAGAGUUGAUUUUGAGGUGGCACUCUGGCAGUAAUGGUGGGGAAGUAGUGGCAAGUGUUUGCAAUAAUCAAACUAGUGAUCUUCUCUUACAAGAAUCAUGUUUCACCCCACUCGAUUAUCUUUUGAGACUUUUUUUCUUUUCUUUUUUAAUCCAUGUGUAUUGCAAAUUUGUGCUCCUUUGAAGUUAUUGAGAAUUUGACCUCAUUGAAAUAUUUAAAUUUAUUAGGAAGAAUAUCUUCAGAGCUUACCCUUC